UACACUUCUGAGCUCUAGGCGUGACUGUUCAAGACUGACUUGGAUGAUCUUUAGGGGGUGUAUUUAAAUUCUUUUAUUCGUUGGAGUGGGAAUGAGCCUUGAUCAUACAUCUCUGGGAACGGAUAGAAUGACCGGAUGUUAUCCUGAUGGUAACGCGCUUGGAACUUCGCUAUCUUAUCGCUUUGUUUAGUCGGAUUUCGUCUGUGGCAUUUCGUCUGUGACAUGUUCAUCUCGGAACCGUAUAGGCAGCAGACAUACAGCAGGAUGACAAAGGUGAUGCCCCGCUUUGGGUCACAUUAUUCAACGGAAGUCACGCGGAUGAGGUGACUAAGGAGGUUAGGAAUGGUAUGACUGGCAUAAGAGUUGGAGAUAUUAGGUCGUCCGAAAAGUUUCUUUCGUUUUAUAAGGAAAUAAUGGAUGCACAACAUUUUCUCUUUUAUAUUAUUUUAUCGAAUUACGUAUGAUCCAUUUUGUUCUAUCAAAAUAAAGAUCACAACGUUCGAUAGAUUGGGUUUCAGGUUUGUAUAAAGAUGCAUCGUUGUAAAAGACGUGUCUGUAAAAGAAAGACACUUUUCAGACAACCUAAUGUAUACUGUUAAAGAUUAGGUUAUAACCUAACCUCAACCUAACUCCGAACGUCAGUCUGGAACAAUUUAACGUAUAUGUCAACGAGAUGGAAAGCAUAAUUAGAGUAGCAAGAAGAAGGUAUCCUGCGAUAAUGAUCGCGGGAAUCUCCAACGCACAGUCAACUGGGGAAAAAAUGAGAUUGUGCCAAAUAAAGUCAACAAAGAAUACACGUUUGAGAAAAGCGGGAAAAGAAGUUACUCGAUAUAAUAAGUACGGACAAAGGAUUGGCCAGUAAACAUAACAGAACCAGAAUUCUGCGUUAUGUCGGGUUCAGGAAAUGGCGGAAUUAUGCAAGAGAAGGCUAGUCUUUGAUAUAAAGAAAUGCUUUUAGUACUCUUAGCUGGUAUAAGAUCCUGCGAGAGGCAGAGGAGAGAGGGCUGACCAGGCAAAUGAGGACACUUCGGUCUAUACCGGAAUUCCGCAGAGAUCUAUCCUUGAACCACUCCUGUGGAAUACGAUUCCAACGUUGUGGAAGUAGUUGCCACUUCCUGAACAAGAAUAUUGGAAGAAGUUCCAAGAUCUCUGUUAGAAGAUAAUGAAAGCGAGGCAAAGCAAGGAGAAAGAGGUCGAGGGAAGGACAAGAAGAAGAAGAGAUUGAUUGAGCAGGGUGCAUAAUGAGACCAACCCGAAAGUAAUGCCGUAAGGUAGUGCUGGGUUGGUUACACAAUACCAAUGAAGGGAAGAAUCAGGAGGGGUUUCUAGUGGGUAGAGGCGUUUACAUCUUGCCGAGCCCGGAGGUGCUAACGUGUAAUCGCAUUUUCCUCUCCUCAUCAAAAAAAAAAAAAAAAAUAGGUAUAUGUGUAUAUAAUCUUUUAUAACAUAUCAUUUCAAAUUCCUUUUUCUUCUAUUAGACAACAAGUAAGUUAUUAAUACUCAUCAUGGGACACCCUGGGAUAUUGUAAAAUAUCGUAAGACAUCAUGUAAUGUGUAAGCAUGUAAGCUAGUUGCUUUUCUUUCUCUUUUCAUGACUUUAAAUUGUCUGUUUAAGCUAUUUAUAGAUUGUGUUGCUAUUUUCUGAGUAGUAUGUACAUAUAAGUAUAAAAUUCAAUACUUCCUUUACGAUUAUAGAAUAUCCUUUUCAUAUUUUAUUUGUAAUUUCUUAGAAGACUUUAGCUUUAAUUUUAAUUCAAACUGCUACUAUAUCGAAUCGAUAACGUCGCAUGUGACACAAAAAUGGUAAGGACGUCAAGUAACCUCCAGAACGUGGAACGCGAAAAAUUAUUGCAUGUCCUGUCUUUUCUACUCUUCGCCUGUAAUGUUAAGCAUAUGUUACCGGUAUCUCAUCGGCGAGGAGUUAAUGUGCAUAUGCACGUAGAUAUUUUCUUAAUCUUAAUCAAGCAGUUUGUAUACCUUGAUACCAGUGUUUGAUAUUUGGACUCGCUUUGUAUUAAGAAAUAUCGGCAGUUUACUGACAUAAACAAUACUGACGUUUUAAUUAUAAAAUACAAGCGAUGGAUCAUUUUACCACACGAAGUGCAAAAAAUCAUUCAACUCAAAUAAAAACUAUGACUAAAACAGGAAAAGGGAAAAUGUUUCCUAAAAAAACUGUGUAUCAUAAUUUAAAGUAUAUGAAGAAAGAAUUAACUAUUUCUUUGUAUAAUACAUCUUCAUGUUUACCAACUUAUAAAAGUUAUACAAGUUUGAAAGAAUGUCUUUUCAACAAGGCUGAGACUGGAAAAGAAAUAUAUCAGUUUAUUAUAGAAAAAACUAUGAAAAAUAAUAUUGUUGCUGAUUAUGAAAGUUCUAUUCCACUUGUUUCUCCGCUUUUAGAGCAAUUUAAAAAGAGACAUACAAAAUUCCAUUAUUUUAGUGUUCUGAAGCAUUUAGCACAAAAACAAGAAUCUAGUGAAGUAAAGUCAGAAUGCGAAUAUCAGGUUAAUAAGAAGCAAUUAAAGUUAUUUUUUGAUCUUAUAUUCUCUAAAGUAAUUCCUCUGGACCUGUUUGGAAAGUUUCGGAAUUUAAAAAAAAUAAAGCUAGCUAUGUUUGACUUAUUGGACACACCAUGCUUUAAAUCAUUUAAUUUGACACCUUUUAUUGAAAAAUUAGAUAUCUCUAGUAUUACAUGGCUGCAAGAUAUUAAAACUAUAAGGACACAAUGGUACAUUAUAGCAAAACUUGUAAAAUGGCUUUUUGUUGGAUUUCUUUCAAAGAUAUUGUACACUUAUUUUCAUAUGACAUUAGCUUCUAAAAAUAAUGAAAGAUUAUAUAUUAUGCGUUCAACUUGGAACUCCAUCCAAAGGAAAUUUAUUAAGAAAGGAAAACGUUCAAAUACCUUGCAACCUGAUAUUAACUGUAAGGGAUGGAAGCCACCAAUAGGCACAUAUGUAUUAAUUCCUAAAAAUUCUGAUGUGCGACCUAUAUUUAAGCCAGAGUACGUUAAACCAAAAUAUUAUACCAUUGACCAGAAGAAUCCUGAGACAAAUCAUUUGAAUUUAAUAUUUAAAUUUUUAAAGCAAUUGCAUACUACAAUAUAUGGAAACACUAAUUUUGGAAACGAAUGGGAAUCAAUUGUUCAAUAUAAACGUAAUGAAGCAAUAACACAUUUAUAUUUUGUGUCUUGCGAUGUAACAAAUGCUUUUGGUUCUAUAAUACAAGAGGAAUUAUAUAACAUUAUACAAUCACUCUGUAAAGAUCUUCCUGAAAAUUUGAUACUGAAGUAUUAUGCAGUUAAAAGUAAAAAAUUUGCGGAGGAGAUUGUAUGUUAUAAACAAUAUUUCUCUGAUCCAAAUUUAUUAUUACCUUUAGCACCUGGUACAUUAUAUUCAAAUACAAAUAUGAGAUGCCAACAAGUAAAAAAAAAAUGGCUACUAGAAAAAAUUUCACAAGUUAUUUUUCAACAAAGAGUAAAAAUAAAUGAGAACGUUUAUGUUAUAACAAAAGGAGUUGUUCAAGGUGCAAUUACAUCAUCAGUUUUAUCAGAUAUAUAUUAUAAUUAUAUAUUACAUAAAGCAAUGUCUACAUAUUUAACAAGUGGAAAAAUUAUAAAAUAUGUGGAUGACAUUUUAUAUGUCACUGAAAGUGAAAGUGUUGCAAGACAAUUUUUACAACUUACAAAAGAAGGAAUCCCACAGUAUAAUUGCUACUUUAAACCAUCAAAGACUCGUACUAAUGUUGUGGCUUGUGAUGGAAACAUAGCUGUGGACAAUAUUUCUUACAUUGGUUAUGAAAUUAAUUGUACUACUUUAGAAGUAGAAUAUAAACAUUCACAUACCAAUUUCAGUCAUACAAUAAAAGUUUUUAAAAAGGAUGAUUUACCUCCUCUAGUAUAUUUAAGAAAGCGAUUAAGUAAUAUAGCACGUUUGAAAUUAUCAAAAUUUAUUUUGAACAGGACAAUUAAUUCUGAAAACACUAUAAUGAGAAUCAUAAAACGAGCAUGCUUAUUACAGGCAGAAUAUACUCGCAUUUUGAUAAAAGAGUUAUUUGAUAAUGAGCUAAGAAAUAUCCAAGGUAUACUUUUAGUUAUGCAAAAUAUUGAUAAACAAAUUGCAAGACACAUUAUAAAAACAUCUUUAAUAGGCGAGAUAGAAACAAUAGAUAAAUCAAGUUUCAACAAAUGGAAUCGGAAAAUUUUACACAUCUUAUGGAUGUCUUACAAAACAGUCUUUAUGAAGGAUAAAAUUUUACAACCAAAAUUUGUUAGAUACUUUUCACAACGUAAAAAGAUACAAACAAACAAAUCUCAUAAAUUAUAGUAUCAUUCCAAUAUAUUUAUAUAUUCUAUAUUUCUAUUUUUAUAAAAUUAUAUGUACAGUAUUAAAUAUAUGAAUUUACGAAAUAUGUUAAAUAUAUUAAACAAUUACUAUCCAGAAUCAACCGUAAAUUAGGCAGCUGAGUGCAUAUGAAGAUUUAUACGCUCCCAUUGAUUCUUGCGUACAUCGCGUCUGCAUAGGUCCAGCUCUAGAGUAUCGAUUUGCUAUCCAUGACAAUGUCACAGACGGAAUGCCACAGACGAAAUGCCACAGACGAAAUCCGACUAAACAAAGCGAUAAGAUAGCGAAAUUCCAAGCGCCUUAGCAUGAGUGACCAUCGGGACAAUAUCCGGUCAUUCUAUCCGUUUCCAGAGAUAUAUGAUCGAAGCCUUUUCCCACUUCUACGAAUAAAAGAAUUUAAAUACACCCCCUAAAGAUCACCCAAGUCAUCCAAUUUCUUUUUUUUAUUUUACGUGACAACAACGUCGUCGAUCAAUAUAUUAUUAUCAAAUAAUUAUGAUUAUAAUAUAUAUAUUAUAACUAUAAUUAUGCUGCGUUGUUGCAACGUCCACGUGACACGUGAUAGUUUGUCUAAAAUAAAGUUCCUAUUGAAAAGAAAGUGUAACAUCAAUCCACAUCAGAGACCAGGCCACACACCGCGGGCAAGAUGGUAGCCAGAUGUCUACACAUCCUUGGUGCAUACCCUUAAUAGUCUUAACGACCCACCAUGGGUCUUAGCAUUUUCAUAGUCAAGGUCCUUCAGAUCAAACAAGUAUCUUUUAUUUUAAAUGCCCCUUUACAUUUAUUGUUUACUACGAGAAAGUUGGUUUUUCUCACGUUCAGUAUCUUCCGUUAGCAACUUUCUCUCGAGGGCGACUAAAAUCCUUCCUGGUCCACCAACCUUCUUAUUAUCCAAUCGGAAGCCGUGUCUACUACCUUCACUUUCCUAACCAAAAUUGUCAUCAACAAAUCCGAUGGUCUCGUGUCCUUAGACACACCCACCCCUAGCUUUCCUCCGCCACAACAUCGUCACUAAACUUCACUUAUUCUCUAUCUUUAAAACAGUCAACAUAUCUUUACCGCUUUCUACCCUUAGACCAGUCGCGUACUUGAUUUAUACAUACCCAUCAGUGUAACUAGAUUCUGUAUAAAGUUAUUGGAGUGAACUGUGAUUGU